CACAAGAUAAUAAAUACAACACAAGAUGAGUCAAGAACAUUUAUCGGCAGAUGAAAUUGCCCUCUAUGACCGACAGAUUCGAUUAUGGGGAAUGGCUACUCAAUUAAGAAUUCGUUCAGCUAAAGUACUUGUGGUCAAUUUAAGUGCUGUAGGUACAGAAGUUGUCAAGAACUUAGUUUUAGGUGGUGUCAAUUCUUUAGAAAUUCUUGACUCCUCCACCGUUAAAGAAGAAGACUUCCUGGCCCAAUUUUUCUUACCAAAUGAUGAUUCAAUCAUUGGACAAUUGAAAGUUCCACAUGCUAUAACUCAAAUUCGUGAGUUGAAUAAUAGAGUCAAGCUCACGGCAAACACUGGGGUAUUAUUGGAAAUGCCUCGAGAGUAUUUCGCUCAAUUUGAUCUUGUGAUAGCCACGGAAAUAUCCAAGCAAGAAAUGUUGGCAAUAAACAAGGAAACCCGUGCCUUAAACAUCCCUCUCUAUGUGGCAGGUAUGCAUGGGAUGUUUGGUUACAUAUUGACCGACUUGGUUAGACACGAAUCACAACUGGAAAAGGAUAUUGGUAACCAGCCAAGAGUGGCAGGUACAAAGAUUAAUCGUAAAAAGACAAUUACUAAUGUUGAAUAUAAUCCAACUACAAAUAAGGAAAAUGUCACCAUAGUAGAUGAUUUUGUGAUCUUACAAGACUUGUUAGUUUCUGAAGAAUUGCCCAAACAAUUGAAUAAAAGACAAAUGAAACGUCUUUCAGCUGCACUUCCAAUCAUUUUCAGUUUAUUUGAAGUACAGAGGACCCUCGAAGAUAUUGAUAUUGAAUUACUUCGGAAAUUGCUGCUUGAAACAGCUGAAAAAUUGAAGAUCCCCACUUCAGUGAUAACUCAAGAAUAUUUAGAAUUAUUUAGUAGACAAGCAUUUGCAGAGUUUUCACCCGUGGCUGCAGUUUUAGGGGGUAGUUUGGCGCAGGAUGUCAUUCAAUUUCUUAGUAAAAAAGAAAGUCCAAUCAAUAACUGUUUGAUAUUGGACGGUAUUCGGUCUGAAAUGCCAAUCUAUUUGUUAUAA